UUGGGAGCACACAGAUAACUCUGGAAAAAGAUGUUAAGGACAUUGCUGCAAAUUCACUCCUGGCUUCUGUACUCAAAUGUUAGGUUGCAUGCGUUGUGAUGGAAAGCCUCUGAGGUACCACCAUGUCAGACACUGAGGAAAUUGUGGAGGAGUACGAGCAGGAGGAAGAAGAAGAAGUUGAAGAAGAGGAAGAGGAGCAGAGUGAUAACGAAGCAGAGAAGAAAGAAGAGCAUGCAGAAGAGAAUGAGCAUGAGGGGGAGUCCAAGAAGCGUCCUAAGACAACUUAUGUGCCAAAUAUUGCUCCUCCAAAGCUCCCCGAUGGUGAGAAGGUGGAUUUUGAUGACCUGCACCGUAAAAGACUAGAAAAGGAUUUCAACGACCUCCAGACCUUGAUCGAGUCACAUUUCUCCACUCGCCAGAAAGAGGAGGAAGAGCUGGUUGCACUGCGGAACCGCAUUGAACGCCGUCGAGCUGACAGAGCGGAACAACAGAGAGUCCGCACCGAGCAGGAUCGUGAACGCCAAGCCCGUCUGGCUGAGGAGAGGGCGAGGCGCGAGGAAGAGGCCGCUAAACUGCGUGCUGAGGAGGAGGCAAAGAAGAAGAAGAUAUUCACCAACAAGUCCUUUGGCGGCUACCUGCAGAAGGUGGACCAGAAGAAGGGGAAGAAGCUGACAGCAAGAGAGGAGAAGAAGAAGGCCCUGAUGGAACGCCGGAAGCCGCUCAACAUCGACCACCUGAACCAGGAGAAGCUGGCAGAGAAGGUGCAGGACCUCUGGCAGUGGCUUCACCAGUUGCACGCCGAGAAGUUUGAGCUGGCUGAAAAGCUCAAGAGGCAGAAGUACGACAUCUACGUGCUCCGGAACCGAGUCAGCGACCACCAGAGGGGCUCCAAAGCAUCUAAGACCUCCCGCGGGGCCAAGGGCAAGUCUGGCUCAUGGAAGUAAGGGCCACUUGCAUCUGGACAGCCAAGUUGUUUCUUGACUAUUUGGCUCAUACUUCCAUCUUGUAUCAUAAAAGCUAUCCCAGGGAUUGUGUGUGGAUUUGAGUAGGAACGUAUUUGGGGGGACUGACGUAAAUAAAGUUAAUCAAGCCAUAACAUCCUGAAUGAUGUAUAAAUAUCUGUUCUAACUUUGUGAUGCUGGUGUUCACUAGUUCAUCUGUUCACAAGCUGUGGUUGAAGCCUUCAUUAAACCUGAUUGAAUGU